AUGAGUAAGAGCAAUAGAUCUGCGAAUCAAACUUUCAUGCCAAGAUAAUCAAAAAUUGUCAGCUUUGUGGGAGAAAAAAUAUAAGGAUUAGACUAUAGUUAAGAAUCACCUCCUAUGAGAGGUACAAUAAGUAAUAACAAUAAUAAUGAAGAAUCCAAGACCUUUACUUAGAUGGUCCAAGAAAGAAAUGAAUAAAAUAAGAGUUAAAAUGAGGAAAUAGGAUUGACCUGUGUAAUUUGUGGGAAGGAUACAAUCUCAUUUUGCCCUUGCUCCCCUUAAAAUGCUUACUGUUCAGCUGAACAUUAACAGCUUCAUUGGGAAUAAGGCCACUGGGAAAACCAUGAUGAAUAAAUGAAGAUGAAUCAACUCUAAUAGUAGUAAAAUAAGAGAGGAGAUUAAUCUAAAUCAUCAAGACAAUAGCAGCUGAAUACUAUGAGCGAUAAAGAAGAUUAAGAUUAAAUUUUACCUUAAGAUUACUAUUCAAACAGCCAAAAUGAAAGUUCCUCUGGACAUUAGAAUAAAUAGAAGAGAAAAAGCAACGAAGAGGGUAAGAAGCGUCACAAGAAGCAAAAUCCAAGCACUUCUAAGAAAUUUGCUGAUGAAAAUGAAAGUUUAAAGACUGACACAGAUUUUGAUAGAGAUAGCGAUCCCUAAAGAAAGUAAAUAAGCUUCGCAAAAGACAAAAACAGGAGAAAAGAAGUAGCUCCAGAACUUAGAGAUGAAUUCAAUGAUAACGAUUGGAAUAAUGAACAAUCUAGAAAUCAAGAUCUAAGAGUCAGACAAAGUCAACCAGAUCCUAAAAUUGAGCAUGCUUAAGCAUCAGCUCUGAAGAAAUUUGGAACAAUGAAUAAUUAACAAAUAUCUUAAGCUGAGAAAUCUCAUUCAUCUUAUUAAGGUGAUGCAGUCUCAUAAUAACCUCUAAAAUGGAAUGAAAAGAAUAAGUUUUAUGAGAUUAAUCAAAAGCAAAAGGGUGAAUCGAAAUGGGUUUAAGUUCUCAUACUUCUUGCUAAAUAAGACUAUCAUAGAAAACUAUAGACGAAAAAAAAAUAAAAGACUACAACAAUUCAUAAUCAUUAAACUUAAGAGACAUUUAUGGUCUUGUCUCUGAAGGUUUGCUAGUAACCAAGUGCAAAUUACUAAGUAAUCAUUAUUCAUUACUCACAUAUUAAAGGGUCUGAUGUAUCUAAAGUUGAGGAAGUAUUAAAUGAAUGCGAAUACUAUCUUGGAGAAUUAAGAAUCAAUGUGAAAGAUAUUAAAAAACAAAUAUAGGAUGCUAAGAAAGAAAAAGUUGAAAAUAGAAGUGUUGCAGGAGAUGACAGAUCCUCAGCUUACACCAAAAGACUUCCAAAUAUUAAUAGAAUGCGCUAGGGAUUCUCGAAUAUUCCCACAUUUGCAGAUUUUAAAUGGAUGCUUUCAGCAUUUGCCACGAUUGCUGCAUUUUAUAAUGCCUUAGGAAACUAAAUUAGAUGUGAGCUAGCAUAUGUGAGAUAUGUUCAAUGGAUAGAAAAAUUCUUUGGUAAAGACUCAUUAGAAGCAAGUAAUUGUUACUUUUUAGUAGGACUUUACUACUUUGAAUAAAAUUAUUACUAAAAGAGUUUAGCAUGCUUUAUCAAAUCACUUUACAGUAGAUAGAAGGAACUAGGAGGAGACAAUCAUACAGCUUGUGCUGAUUGUUAUUUAAACAUUGGAAUCUUAUAUAAAAAGCUUAAUGUCCCAUUGAAGGCACUUUCAUCUCUAGAAAAAGCUCUUUAAAUAAAGAAAGAGUGUAUAGGUUCUCAAUCCCUUCCAGUGGCUAAAAUACUAGAAGAACUUGGUAAAUACCAUCUUGAAAAAUCAAACUAUAAGUAAUCAUACUAGGCUUUCUAAGAAUGCUAUGAAAUUAGGAAGAAAAUAUUAAGAAAGCCAGAUCAUGAGGAUGUGCAAAAGAUAUCGUGCCUACUUUUAUACCUAAGUAAAAACAUUGAAAAGGAAUUGAAGGAGAGAGAAGAAAAAUAAAUAAAUCAGAAAAAUGCUCAUUCUAUUGCAGGAUUGUCUACAAAUACUGGGCCAGUAAGUAGUGCUAAAUUGGCAACUCUGAGUGAAAAAGUGAAAAACAUUUUCUCUUAGCAGAUUUAAGAUAAUCUUGAUGAGGAUCUAGAUUAGGAAUUUAUGCAAGGAAAUAGUAUUGCCAGCAAAGUUAUGCAGGAAAUUUUUCAAAAAAACACUAUCACUGGAGGAGUAAAUGGCAGUAAUUUAUUAAACUCUGGGUAAAAAGAUAGAAGCAUGAGAAAAAAAGAAGAGACUAAAGAGAAUGAAUGGUAUGACUAGGAGUUUGAAAGAGCUAUUUAGAAUUAUGCAAAACUGUCUGCUUCAUAAAUGAAUGAAGAUAAAGAGAUGGAGGGAAAAACAGGAAAAGUAUCCUAAAGAAAUCAAAGAAAAUCCUAGUUGAUGAAUGGUUUGAAUGCUUCAGUCAUUCAGCCAAAAGCAUCUAGAAAGCAAGCCAUUGAAGAGGAGGAAGAUGACGUUGAAAAAAUCAUCAAUAGAGGCUUCGAUCAUUACUUUAAUAUAGUCAAGACCCAGCUAUACGAAAAAGUAGCUCCAUAUCUUUUGGCAUUUUUGCUUUCCUUGAGUGAAAAGCAAAUGAGUUUCCUCUAAAAAUGUCAGGUAAAUAGUCAGCUCAACGCUCCACUGUACAUUCCUAAUGAAUUCAAGGAAAUCUUGAACCCUUUUCAGCUUAAUUUAUUCAAUAGAAGUCAAAUUUGGAAGAUUUCAAGGGAGAGAUAUAUAAAGCCUAAAAGCACUGAGUUGAACUUAAGCAACUUAGUCCAGCCUGAGUUUAACAACAAGGCUUAAUAUAGAUAGCAAGUUCAGAAAGACCACCGAUUCCUUCAACUUAUAUAAGAAAUACCAGAGUUCCUUUCAACUAUCAACGAAAACCAAAGAAUAAUUCUUCAAAAUGCAAUUAAGAAUGAAAUUCUACUCAAAUAUUUCUUCAUCAGUGUGAGCUAUGAGCAACUUUAAGAGUUUGAAGCCUUUGUUCUAAAUCAAUAAUAGGAUGCAGAGUAUGAUGAAGUACUAAAAGAGCUGGCUUCUUAAAUGCCAUUUCAGAUCAAGAACUCUAAAGCAAAUACCAAUGUAGACCCACUUGUUAAGAUACUUGAUUACAAAUUCGACAUGUGUUCGAUAAUUGAUUUAAUAAGUAAUGUUGAGGUAUUCAGAUCAAUUGACAUUGAUUUGCCUGACAAUUACCUUAACAAUGCUACUUUCACACAAAUCUAAAGACUCACAAAUAUCAGAAGGGAACUUGAAAGAGGAAAUCCAGUCACCAAAGAAAUACAGUCUCAAUUUAAGAAAUUUAUAAUGGAUUUAGAUGUCAAGGAAGCCUACGAAUUCUCAAUUCUAAAUCCUUUCCUGCUCAAUGAAGAAGAGCUCUAAAACUUGAUUAAUGAAAUUGAGAAAGAGGAAUAGGAGCUGGAAUAGAAAAAGUAGGGUGACAUGAUACUUGAUCUGAAUAAGAUAGUGGAUUCUAGCAGCUCAGAAAACUCGUUCGAAGUGUCUUAGGAUCCCACAGUCUCAAACUACAAGAGUAAUUCAGCUAGAUAAAACGAUUUGCUUUAAGCUCCUCAUUCGAAUCAGUAAACUCUGCUCGGCUAAAUGAAUUCAAAAGCCUUAAGUUUCAUCAGAAGUAGCAAAUAAAAGCUAAAGGGAGGCUCAAGAAAGAGUCUAAUGAGCAUGGACCUUGAGAGGAUUACUCAAGAUUUGUCAUCAAGAGCCCUAGAUUAGUACAAUGAUAAAAAUAAUUUGAUGGCUUAGUAAAACUAUGGAUAGCUUAAUAUGAUAAAGGAACAUAGAAGAGGAUCUAGACCUAAUUAGACAGAGUCUGAGGAGGAUUCAGAUGAUGACAAAGAUAUGAGGCAAAACUUCCAGAUGCUUCACCAGCAGAAUCAAUUCUAAAAUUUCUACAACUGA